GUAUACUGGCAGACCGAUAAGGAAAGAGAGGACUAUGAAAAAGUGCGACACUUCCAUUCUUCCACAUGGUUCUGUCACUGCUAAGGCGAGCUGCGCAGACAGCGAUAUUAUACCUCUCAUAGGAAAGUUACAGUGUUGUUUUCAGCAGCGAAGUGCUCUAGGUAUCACAGGGCGAGUUUUCAGUCGCACUGGUAGUUGAACGUUGAAGGAUUUGAAUGAGUUAUUUCGUUCUCUUUUUUUGAAGAUAUACUCGCACUAGAGACUAACUGCGCAGCGUCUCCAAAACGGACUGAAAUAUAGAGGAGACUUGCAAUAACUUUUACGCAAUCCGUCCAGUGUGGUUACAUAAACAUACGUUUAUUGAGUGACUGAAAGAAAGCCGAUGAUAUAACAGCAUUGGCAACUUUUACGCACUUUUUCACCAUAACAUAAUUCUGAACAGCACUUUUUUUGGUACGUUUUCUGUCUAACCGAGAGAUUGAGAAAGAAAGAGAAACGAUGGUACAGCACAUGAGCCACACAGAGAGCGCAGAUUCAUUCUCUCCUGGUGGGGACGGCACCGAUACCGGAGAUAUGGACUUAGACAUGGACGCGUCUCCGACUCCCGGGUCUCCGCUAUCCUCCACGGGAGGGGACCGAGGCAACGUCACCUGGUGUAAAACCCCCACGGGACACAUCAAGAGACCGAUGAAUGCAUUUAUGGUGUGGUCUCAGAUCGAGAGGAGAAAGAUCAUGGAGCAGAGCCCGGACAUGCACAACGCUGAGAUUUCCAAGCGGCUGGGCAAGCGCUGGAAACUGCUCAAAGACACAGAUAAGAUCCCGUUCAUCCAGGAAGCAGAGCGGCUGAGACUCAAGCACAUGGCCGACUAUCCUGACUACAAGUAUCGGCCACGGAAGAAGGUUAAGACGCCCAGCUCCAAGACAGAGCGGGGGGAGAGGGGAGAGAAGGGCGCGGAUAGGAGCAGGGUUUCUAAGUCCUCAUCGAAAAGAGGCUCUGGGUCUAGGGGGAACAGCAGAGUGCCCAAGCCGGGCCAGGGGAGCGUCAAGCUGCCUACCCAGGGGCAAGAGUGUGCGUCUCCCGCGGAUCACCACACGCUCUACAAAUCCAGGUCAGUGACUGGUGCCCGGCAGAUACCAGACAAGCCAGCCAGGCGCGGCUACAUGUUUAGUGGGGGAGGGAGCUUGGACAGCGGGCCACCCUCUGUGGGAGUCCCUGGGAGUCCCGCCCUGAGCAGCUCGUCUGAGUCCUGUGACCCGAUGAGCCUGUAUGAAGACCAGGCGACGGGGGCGAACGAAGCACUUUCCUCCAACCCUUCAACAUCCACACCAUCAUCGGCAGUCCGCCUCAGGUACACACGUGCGUCCUCUCCAACCCCGUCCGCCUCUCACUCCUCUUCCUCCUCCCUCUCUUCUUCCUCGGAUGAAGAGCUGGAGGAUGAGCGGUUCGAGCUACAGCCGAGCCCCGGGUUUGAGAGCAUGUCUCUGGGCAGCAUGGGGCCAUGUGAGUCGGAGCUCGACAGGGACCUGGACUGGAGCUUCGGCGAGUGUGGAGCGGGAUCUCACUUUGACUUCCCCGACUACUGCACCCCCGAGGUCAGCGAGAUGAUCUCGGGAGACUGGCUGGAGUCCACCAUCUCCAACCUCGUAUUCACUUACUGAGCGCCGGAAAGGAGAGAAAACACAGAGAACAAGAGGGAAAGAGAAGCCCCGCCCCGCGCAAAACUAAAACCCAGUGAGUGUGAAAGAAGAAUCUUCAGACAUUCUUACAGAUUAUUAGGGAGAGUGAAAUGUGAGCUAAACUAACCCUCGUUUUGGAAAGAAUAGCCUAAUAUUAAUGACAUGUGUUUAGGUUAAAUUGUGCAGAAUGUGUGUAUAAAAACAUAAUCGUCUGUUCCAUGUGGGUAUUGACAAAGACACGAACGGGGACGGACAAGGGCUCAUUGUUGCCUGGUGCGCCGAACAGAAGGAAAGUGCAUCGCUGGCAUUUGGAGAGAGAAGAGAGAAGGACUCUGAGCACGCCUCUUUUAGAAGUGACACACACAGACACACACACACACACACAGACUUACUGAACUGAAGUAUUCAACCGGCUGGCACGAGGAGGUUUGUAGGUUGACGGUGAACAUGACUAUGGGCAAAUGGGCUUUUGGAGAGCUUGAUGUUGCCAUGGAGAUGAAAGCAGUAUAAGUGACCCACUUCAGUUGUUGUUCUCUGUGUGGGCGGAGUUUACGAAGGUGAUAUUCAGGUGGGUUUUUUUCUGAAGCUUAACAUGCAUGCGCUCCCUCGUGGAGUAGUGUGCACUGUUACAUUGACUGAUGCAUCUGAAAAUAUGUUUAUUACAAUGUCAUUUUUCGCGCUGAUUGUGUGUGUGUGUGUGCGUGUGUGACUAAGUGUGUGUGUGUGUGUGCGCGCGAUCACAGAACACAGUUCACAAUCACCAGCUUUCCUCUCAACGGCAGGACUUUUAAUGAAUUAACAACUCAGAAUCUUUUCUCUGAAACCUUUUACACUCUGAAUGCACAUUUCAGGACCAAUUCCCUUACUGCGCAACGCCUAGCACAUCUGGCUGUAGUUAUUCUAUAUCAGAUGACCGGUUUUUAUAUCGAUGUAUUUACACCAGCUGAACAUGUUUUUUUUUGUUAUAAUUUGAAGUAUUGUUAUCGUAUAAUAGGUCUCGUUUGUGUGUAAACCAUGCACCUGGCUGUAUCCCUGUGCAGGAGGGCUAGAAGUGUAUCUUAUUUAAAAAUGUUGAUAUCUCUCACUUUUUAAAGGAGAACUCAGUAAGUGUGUCAUUUUUCUAUAUUUGUAUUUUUGUACGAUAUCUAUGGGAGGGAGAGCCAGUGGGUGGUUGCUUUGAUUCCUGAUGUUCAAAGCCAGAGGGUCCUUUGUCACAUUCUGCUCCUUUAUACAAUGUUUACACUUGACAGUAUCGCGCCACAUGCUUCUUAAAGGCACAGUGUCUGUAUUACACCAGCCAAGUAAACACAUUGACACCCGCUACGUCACUAGAGCGUCAGCUGCACCUAGUGACUGUGUUUCAACAGUGGAUUUGCAUAACUGGGACCCAGAUGUAUUUGUGCUAUCUUGUCAAGUCCUUGGCAAGGAGUGGCACGAUGGCACAAACAGACUGGCGCCCAGGCUACAGAAUAUCAGAAUUGUUCAAGAGAGAGAUAGAGAUGCUGUUGGAUUGAGAGGAAAACAUCGGUAUGCUUUUGUUGAUAGGUUUGAUUUGAAACCACUGGAUGGAAUGUGACACUCACACAUUCUAAAUGCCUAUUUGAGUCAGAGGGAGGUGGAGAAAGGUGUAUGAAGUGCUUCGGUCAUCUAUCAUUGCGCAAUUGCAUAAUAAGAGUAUUUAAUCGUUUUUCUACCCGUUGGCUUACUUGGCUAAGACUAGCUAGCUAAUUGUUUUUCCUAUAUUAUGGCAUGGCAAAUUAGCAAUUGUAUUUCAGAUUCAGGUAUAUGUAUAGCUGUUGUGUUUAAGAUUUUUUUUUUUUAAGAAUAUCAAUUGAAGAUAUUUAUGUUUAUUGACUGUACUAUAAUGCAGAUACGAUUGUGUUUCUAUGUAUAAUGAUCAACGACAGACACUAAAAUUGCCAUCUUUUGUCAUUAUGAUGUUAAUGAUUGUGGUCCAGGAUCUUAAUUUUUUCUUUCUUUUUUUUUCCAUUUGUGCAAUAUGCUGUGUGUAUGAUCAUGUUUCCUCCAAUCGUACCAUAUCUCAUUUAAAUAUAGAACUCAACGCCAGCCAAUCGGGUCAAUGACUGCCUCAGACCUCUAUUACAGAGCAUUUUUUAUUUGUUUGUUUGUAUGUUUGUCUAGUUUUUUUCAAGACGGAAAUAAAAUCAGCUGGAACUGAA